AUGACUAUGCCCCAGAUGCGCCCAGCGCCCGCGCUGGCUAACCCAGCGACGGGCAGCGCGAACCCUGCUGCUUCUCUGCAGUCGCUGUGGAACUACGUUGCGCCAGCGGCCGCACACCUUAUGCAAGCGCCCACGAACAAUCCCGGAAAGGCACCAGCGCUCGACGUCGGAUACCAUAUGGGCAUACACACUGCCGUAUACAACUACUUCACUGUUCCACGGCCCGGAGGUGCACCUGCCGGUGCUGAUUUCUACGAACUUCUGGAUGGAUGGUUCGGAGAGGUCGCGAGGGAUACACUGUUAGGGCUCCCGGAGGAUGAUAGCGAACGUCUCGUCCAGUACUUGGUUCCGUGCUUCCAGCGGUACCAGUCUGGAGCAGGCGCCGUUAGUCGUCUUCUCAACUAUACCAACCGCCAAUAUGUGAAGCGCGCCAUUGACGAAGACCGCGGUUGGCUUCGUUUGGCCGAUGUUAUUGACGACGUCGCGGAGGCCGUACGCAACAAAGAGUCGCACGCGAAGCUCGCAGGACGUCUGCGUGCGCGCCGCGACGGCGAACUCAUGAGAUGGGGCUGGAAUGGCAACGCGUCAGAUACCGAUUCCAUCACCAAGGCCGAGGCCGCCGCAGAAGCUGGCGCCCCCCCAGAUAGAGUUGUUCCUCUCGCGGCUCUCGCACAACGACGCUUUAGGAUCGAG